AUGGCAGCGGAGUUUAAUGUGGAGUGGAUGGAGUUGGAAAAACUCUGGCCUCUUGUGGACUAUGUGACAGUCCACACACCACUUAUACCACAGACUAAAGGUGGGAACUGAUAUCAUACUGGGUAGAGUGGAGCCCUUAUCCCACUGAUUUUUACAGACUUUAAUAUUAGAGAGCUUUAGAUUUUACUACGAGAACGAGUACGACUAUCGCUUUUUGGAUUUUCGCAUCUUCUCACACCAUGACUGACGACUUUAUUAAUCUCGUAGCUGGAGCCAAAUUGACAGCGGUAUUUUUGACUAUGAAACUACAAAUAGUACAAAUAUAUUGUAGAUAUGUUUCUAUUUAUAGGGCUACUAAAUGACAAGACAUUUGCAAUGUGCAAGAGAGGUGUUCGUGUAAUAAACUGUGCACGGGGAGGAAUCAUAGAUGAGGAAUGCUUAUUAACAGCUCUUGAGAGUGGUCAGUGUGCAGGAGCUGGCUUAGAUGUCUUUGUAAACGAGCCCCCUACAGGUAAUCCUAUUAUCAUUUAACAUUACUGAUGAUUGAAAAACAUCAGCACGAUCAGAACCUUCUGUAAGUGCUAAAUUGACCUGAUCAGCUACAGUUUUGAAUUCUUUCUGAGCUGGACUGGUUGUACGAAAGCCGGAUAACGCUAUAUCCACCUCACAGUGAUUUUUUUAAUCUUCUAAAAAUGCUUGAAAAGUUGUAUAACCAUGGAUAUGGAGCCUCGUGUAAAAAGAAACUUUAAUUCAUAAAUACAUUUAUUCUAUAUUAUACCAAUCAACGGACAAUAGACUUUUCCCCUUGUCCAGACUUGUCUAGAUCAAAAUUUCACUUAAAAGGGGAAAGGUCUAUUCAAGAAGCUUAAUGCUAUCCUUUGAAAGCCGGUUAGCUUAAUCCACGAACUUCCCAACGGCUUGCUCAUAAACUUGGAAAUAUUUUCCCAGAAAAUCUUGUCAGCAUCAAUAGAAGUCUCAUUUUCUGAAUUUUUGAAAUUAACGGACAUGUAGAAACACACAAACCCAAACAGUAGGUUAAAUUUGAACCAACACUAAAGCCUGGUUCACACUAGCAAUUCUGUCGGCGAUUUUUCUCCUCCUGACAAAUGUGAUCGAUUGAGUGACAUGCAAAAGACUUGGAAUUGUUUACUUCUGAAAAGGGACUCUAUACUUUUGUGCAUGUGCGAGUUCACUCAUUUGCAUCCGUCAGUAACACAAAAUCGCCGACAAAAUUGCUGGUGUGAACCAGGUUUGAUAGUGCUUUGAACAACCGGUUGUAGAAUAAGAACAUUUUUGGGAGGUAGUUGUGAUGUCACCACUCAGGUAUUUGCAGCGAACGUGUGCAUCAAAGUUUAACUCCAUUUGUACUCGAUGAACUAACGAGAACGUAGCGAUCGAGAAGACAAUGUCUAUUUGAAGAUGCCCAGGCCUGUUUCAAACGUGGAACGUUUUAUGUUUAAAUUGAUCUAGUAUAUAAAAUGGCCUUGUCUAAGGCAUUUAUUUUGCUUUGCCAAAAUGUUUUGUGGUGGUUGCAGAUUCGAAUUUUUCUUAACCAAAAUUGCUGCUAUAAGAACUAAGUCUAAGUACAUGCAUUGUUAUAGUGGCUUGGUUUUCUAUCACAAAUGAUACCAGCGUAUAGUUCUUCAUUUUUGACACUACCUACUACUUAGGUAUAUCAGAGAAAGUUGUUCAGCAUCCAAACGUGGUCAGCUGCCCUCAUCUUGGUGCAAGUACAGUCGAGGCUCAGAAGAGAGUAGCUAAAGAAAUAGCCGAACAAAUACUCAGUGUCACUAAAGGGGAAUCUUUAUUUGGAGCCGUAAGUUAUUCUUUCUGACACAACCUAUGUUUAUGUUCGUCUAAAACGUAUACCUGUCUUCACCAAAGUGUUUUCAAAACAUCUUUAAUUUACAAUGCACAAAGAGUUUAUUACAAGCAAAAUAAGGAGUUUAUUACAAGCACGCACAGAACUAUGAAUACCGACUUGGUUUUGAAGAGAUUAGAAUACUAUGAGGGUGGACUGUUCAAUAAAAAGCAGUUGAAUGUGAUAAGAUAAUGGAAUGGCAGUGAGAUUAAAAGGGAAAAUUAAAAUGAAAUAGUGUAGGGUAUGGUAUUGUAUACAUGGUAUGGUAUGGUUUAGUGCGUUAUUAUACAAUUACUUUAUGGUUUCCGUGUUUGGAUGGCCUGAUCCAAACACGCGGGAAUGUUGCGAGAGUUAAGAAAAGCGAGCGAAACACGAGCCGAAGGCGAGUGAUUUUGCGCGCUUUUCUUAACUCGAGCAACAUUCCCAAGUGUUUGGAUCAGGCCAUCCAAACACGGAAACCAUAAAGUAAUUGUUUUAUAAAAUAACUACAACGGGAUAGUCUUCCAUGUUUGGAUGGCCUGAUCCAAACACGGGUUUCGACCAAUCAGAGCACGCGUUAUAUACAUGUUAUUUUACAAUGUGUGUUACGAUAUGGUAUUGUCAUGGUAGUUAGAAUUGUAUGAUACACUGUGGCAUGGCAUGGCGUAAUAAAGUAUGACAUGGGUAUGAUAUGGUACUGUAUAGUAAGGUGUGGUAUACUGCAUUGUACCAUCAUAUUGUGUUUUAUGGUGUGGUACGAUAUGGUAUCUAAUAUGGUAUCUACGAUAGAUACCAUAUUAGAUACCAUAUCAUACCAUAUACGAAUGACAGGAACAGACAAAGAGAAGACAUGUGUCCGUCUUUAUCCUACUCAACAUUUUCAAAUAUUUAGAUUAAUGCUGCAUCGUUACAAGGCGCUCUAAAACCAGAAACGGGUCCUUGGCUAAACCUUGGUACAGCCCUGGCUAAAGUUGCCUUGGUAUUGCAUGAGAAGAAAAUACAAAAAGCUGUUAUCACGACGUAUGGAGCUACCCUCGAAAAGGCUGCAUCGUACAUUGUUCCCAGUGUUCUUAUGGGGCUGAUUCCUGGUAUAACCCAAACUUCCAAUACAUUAAACUUAAUUAAUGGAGAAUAUUUUGCCAAGGAAAUAGGACUGCAGGUAGUGAUACAACUUUAUUGGGGAAAGCCAGUUGAUCACGUUUCCAAUGUGAACGUUUUUCGUUCAUUGAUACAAUUGUAUAUUUCAGGUUGAAAAGCAGCAUGUUGAUAAACCAGCCAACUGUCAAUGCAAUGCAGCAGUUUCCUUGAAGGUGGAAUAUUCAGACGAAAGCAACAUUACUUUAACUGGAACGAUAUUUGGAUCCAACACACCUGCACUGCUUCAAGUUGGCGACUGUCUCUUUUCCUCUCCUGUUUCACUUGUUGAUAAACUACACUUCUUUCCCAUCUCUACAAGUCCUUCCCAAAUGCUUAGAAACAUAUUUGAGAAAUUACACGCGGUCAAGGUGAUGGAUAUGCACUCUGCGUGGAAUGGCGAACGUGGGAUUACUGUUCUAAAAAUAGACGGUGACGUCAAUGACCUUACGAAUGUCUUCGAGCGAAAUCAAAUGUCAAUGGUCUUUUUCUAGUUUAAUUAUCAGACUAACCUGGUGAACGCUGCAUUCAUAUUUUUGAGGUUUGCAUGCUAAUUGUUUGAACUUCCUAGUUAAUUUAAUAAAAGUAUAAGCAGGGGGAAAUGUGUCUGGGUUGCUUUCUGAUGCACUACUUGUUGGUAAUUAUGCAGUUUUUUAAUAGUUAUCGAGGGCAAUUACUUUACCAAAUAUAAAUUCCAAUGUCCCAAGUAUAAGCCGCAGGAAAGGUAUUUCUUCAAGAAAUUAUUUUAGUUCUUAUGAGUACGCCACAAGUCAAACGUAUUGUAAACUGGCUUUACAGUUGAAACGCGCUGUAGGUAGCGGUUUUUAACAUAUCCCGUAACUUACAAUACACCCUUUCGAUAAUUACGUCAUUUGGCCUGGGAGCCUCGCUCUCAUGAAUCGUGAGCCAAUCACCUUGCGUAAUAUACUGAUGAGAGCGAGGCUCCAAGACCAAAAAGUAUAUGUGACGUAUUAUCGAAAGGGUGUAUUGGAUUUAUAUUAUGCUUCAGACCGGGAAAGUAUAGGCCUGAUGAUAUUUACGCGAAGGAGCUUCGUAAAAAGGACACAUGAUCAAACUACUGUACUGUUAUUAACCAUAUUUUCUGUUUUCUCUAACCAUAUCAGACUGUCGCAAAAGAUAUAAAAAAUGUUUUGACAAGAUUAAAUAUGAGGCUGUUUUGGCAUCUCACUUGCUAGAACUGAAUGUUGAAGGAUUUUUGUAGACGGAAAUUUUUAGACCUAACCAUGCAGGACAGCUGCCAAAAAUGCGAUUAUAGACCCUCUGGCAGGAAUCGCGAACCUGCAGCCCCGCGAUUCCAACGCAGUGCUCUAACCAACUGAGCUACAGAGUUUAGUUGUGCUUUUAAAAGCCUUUAACCACAAAAUCAUGCGGUUAGGUCUAAAAUUGUAUAUUAAAAUUUACACUCGAAAUUUCCAUCUACACAACCACUAUUGCGCAAACAAUGUCCGCGUAGCUACGCAGAAGAAGAAACUUGAGUACAAGAUUCUAUGAGAACUUCAUGACACCAGAAUAUGAUGGCAUUGUGUGUUCACUCAAAGACACUUCACUGGAUGUAGGGUGUGGAAAAUAUCGAAGAUCCCCAUUAACGAAAACGUCUGGCUCCAGUAUAUAUAAUAUUGUAUUUUUACUAAUUUAAUAUGUUCUUCCCCCCUAACACAAUAGAUAGCUUAAGAUCUACGACGUCAACGUCAGCUAGGACGUCAGGGCUAAGCCUCUGCUGACUGGGACUAGGACGUUCUAAAUAAAUAAACUUCCACUUAAUUAAGAUUCACAACAUCGACAUUUAAACUAUAAAUAUUUACAUUCUUUUGAAAAUGAAUUUUAAAGAGACACAUGAAUUCAUUACCGUUUGUUGUGCUCUAGCUUGUAUCCACGACGGUAAAACUCUUGUUGUGAGGUUGUCGACGUUUGGUAGACGACGAGCAAGUUGAGGGAAACACAUGUACACUUCAAAAACUAUUACCAAUUUUAUUCCGCUUGUCGCCCUAAAUAUUUGACGUCGUAGGUAUUUAGCUAUCUACUUAUUUAGGACGACAUCCUAGUCCCAGUCCUCUGCUUAGCCCUGACGUCCUAGCUGACGUCGACGUCGUAGAUCUUAAGCUAUCUAAUCACUGCAGUCCCAUUUGCCUGCAAUGAACUUUGAAAAUUAUCCACUACUAGGCAUGCUCAUGAAAAAAUUUAAGCUGGUUUUCGAAUUUCAUUAGGCAACAUUUUCGCGCAAAGCGAAGGUGACACUUUUUCGCCACGAAUUCUGUCAUCAACCAAUCAGAUUGCUGAAUAUAUUUUCCGUUCCCUCCACGCGAAUAUCGCCUCGCGCAUGCACUUGCAACUUGCGACUAUUAAAUUAAUGACGUCACGAAACGUUCCUUAAGACUCGAAUCAUGGGUAAUUACAAACUUCUUGCUUAAUGGGAGAACGCAAAACCGACCAAUGGGUACAGUUCAUUUGUUUUAGGACAAGACUAACAAUCGGUGAAGAACUGUUUCAAGAAACUUGGAUUCCAUUGGCUAAAGCCUUGCAAGCACGUGGUAUUAACUCUGUUGUUUUAUCACAGAAAGUGAAUGCCAAAGAUGAUUCAAACGAUUUUGUUUUAAUCUCUAAGACUUGGUGGGAUGCAAUAAAGGCUAUACAAGGUGCCUUUCCCCACGGUCUUAAUGCAGCCUCUUUAAGCAGACCAAGAGUUAACAUUUUUACAGCACAGGUACAGUAUACAGACAUAUGUCUUAUAAAUAUUUUCUUAUAUAUUCUCUAUAAACGGGCGUACUCUUGAUUGUAUUAUAAUGUGCUGUACUGUAUACAUUUUCUAAAAAUGUGUCAUGUCGCAUAUUUUAAAGCACCAUGGAUUACAGUUCCGCUUUUGGAAUGAAUUCGAUUGCAAUUUACAAUACUAACUAUUGUACGGAUGCGGGUGCAGCCGAUCCAUAAAUUUAAUUUAGCUGAUAUGGCUAUGAAACCAGAGCACUUAAUUAGAAAAGUGAUUGGGCCGGGGCGGGGGAGCAAAACUAAAAAUCGCGCAGGGGAAACGGAAAGAAAAAAAAUUCGUGCACCAAGAAAAUUUGAAAAAAAAAUUUGUGCAGAGACUUUUCAAUAGGAAAUAUUAUAAGUUGAAAUAAAAAACAGAUUCGUGCAAGCUAGGGAUUAUAUUUAAAAAAAUUAUUGACAUAAGCUGAAAAAUUUAAAAAAAUAUUCGUACAAGUUGAAAAAGUGCCCCCCCCCCAUCACUUUUCUAACGGUCCGCCCCUUACUUUAGUAUACCCUGACUACAACCAAUUAAAUAUUUCGUAAUAUGUCCAGGUUGGUUGUUUUCGAGUGAACAGCACCAAGACAGCCGAUGAAGAACUUGAUCGUAACAGACACGAAACACUUGUAGAAGACGAAAUCAAAGUUUAUAUUAUGACAACACAACCAUUAUCUAAAGAUGAAAUAACGAACAAAGCAGAAACGCUGUGUCUAGUGAGGGGAUUUCAAAGCUACUGUAUUUAUGAAUUAGACCGUUCCGCCUUCCCGGAGGACGACAGUGAAUUCUACAGUUGGAUUAUUGAGGCUUAUGUUCAGAGUUUUUUCAAAGAUUCUGUACUUGAGGAAAUACAUGCGUCGGGACAGUUUAAAGACUGCGAACUUGUCGUACACCAAGAUGUCGUGAAGUUUUCCAUGUGAAAACAUCGACGUGUAUUUUGAUACGUCUACAGAAUAAAUUAUCAUCAAUUUUGUUGUUCAGCAUCAGUCUCGAUGAUUCCAGCCACUGGAGACCCCACUGGAGUUCUCGCCACUGAUAUAGCCUAUAGGUACUUCAUUAUGCACGGAUAUUUUGGAUUCGUAAACUUCAUCCUGCGCGGAUAUUUGGAUCGUAUGACACCCUAAACGUAUCCAGCCUAACGCUAACAAACCCUACCGAGCGCCAGCACAUAUAUGUGCGAAUCCCAAAUAUCCGUACAGGCUCGUUUACACUUGCAAUUUUAGGUGCGAUUUUCUUCUUCCGAUGCAUGUGAACGAGUGGAUAAGUUAUGAAUGUUCAGAAUUCAGACACAGAAUAGGAAGUUAUAGCAGAAGCGUAACUCUAGUCGUUUUCCGUCCCUGACGUCCACGAAAAUUUUAGCUCGCUCACGCCAAUCCACGCCAUCCUGGCUAGUACAGCCGGAAGUUUUUAU